GCUCCAAUCCGCUGUGCGGCGGCCAGCCGGGCACGGACUGCCGGUCGGCGCUCGGCCCACGGCCAUCACCAGCAUGCCCUCUGGUCAGAGGGCAGGUCUGCAGGCCACACACAGGACGGACCCCGGCCAUAAACACGCGCCGGCCUCUCUGGGUAUGAGUACCCUGCCGGCGGGAAUGAGAAUGCCCCGCUCCUCCGGCCAGCACCAUACCGUCCAUUUCGGCGGUACGAGCACCAUGCCCUCUGGCGGCCGCCAGGCGGGCAGGCCCGCGAUGGGCCCGCCGCCGCCGCCUCCGAUGGAGCCAGUCGGCGCCGCCGGUCACGACGGGCGCGGCUACGGCCUGAGUCCCCAUCAGCCCGGCGCCGGGAUGGUGGGCCUCAGCACGCUGCGACUGCGGAGCUCUGCUGCUAACAGCAUGCCUCCGCCGCCGUCGCCGCUGCCGCAGCUGUCGGACCCGGGCUCAGUGCGCGGCGGGGACCACUCUCCGCCGCUGCCACCGCCGCCGCCCGAGACCCAGCCGCCCGCCGCCGCCCCCGCCGCCGCCCCCGCCGGCGGUCACUACCGCUCCGGCGGCUACCAGCAGCAGCAGAGCGUGGUCACCGACGACUCGCUGCCCGGCUGGGUGCCCAAGGACUACAUCGAGAAAGUGGUAGCCGUGUACGACUACACGGCUGACAAGGAAGACGAACUCAGCUUCUCAGAGAACUCGGUCAUCUACGUGCUGAAGCGUAAUGACGACGGCUGGUGGGAGGGAGUGAUGGACGGCGUCACCGGCCUGUUCCCAGGAAACUACGUCGAACCGCUCAUGUCCUAGGGGGGACCGAGAGCCCACACGGAUGCUGACUACAGAAUGUAGUCUGCUAGAGGCAGAGCGAGUGAUGCAUGGUGUGGGUGAUUGGUCACAACGUAGAUGUGUGACGUCGAAUGUGAAAAGUCACAUUGAGAAUGAUUGAUGGGUUUGCGAGUGCGAGCUACAGUAUGGUGUGGACCUAUGUGAAAUGAGCGAGGUGGAAAAGAACUGCGUAAGUGACACUUCAUGAUAAAAAAUGUGGUGUGAGUAACGUUGUAGUGUGCACAAGUGAUGUAGAAGUAUGGUGGAGUAACGUAACAACAGAAUCGGCCAUUUGCCGCGGAGGAAGACGCACAGUGAGAUGAAUAAGGUGUCACGGUAGGACUUCCCUUGUGGCAGUGGAUUCCUGUAUGAGAUGUGAAACGUGUGUUUUGUUUGGUUGCUAUACGAGUGCAUGCUGCUUGACGGAGUGAAAUGCGAGUGACUGGUGCGUUGGACGAUUGCUUGUAUGGAGGAUCAGCCGCUAUCGUGCGUGGAGAGAUGUAAUUAUAAUUUGCUGUAUCUAAUCGGAAUCGAUGGCAUGAUUCGGGGAUAUGACGCGAGAGAAUGCUGCCGCAAAGGAAUCAACGUUCCAUGUGUAAACUAUUUUUUGGGUGAUUAGGACUAUGUCGAAUUUAGCAAGGACUUUGUUUCCCAUUUAGCUGUCGAGUUGUAUAGAAUAGAGUGAGAGUAGACAGUCUCCACAAACUGUCGUACCGCAAACGACAAUCGAAAUACCAACGCAGGCUGAGAAGAGUCGCUUUAGGUGCUCCGUCUCAGAGGCUGCUGUAGACAAACUGCUGUAGCGCGGCAGCGAGCCACCUGGCCCCGGCAGCGAGAGGGCCACCCCCUGGCACGCGGUCCCCCGCGCGCCAGGGUGCACGCUGUAGCGCGACUAUUCUGGAAGCACCACGUGUGAAUCGUUUCUCUUUGAGCGCCCACUGUGUGUAUGGCACUUCCUGGCGCUGCCAGUGUCCGUCUAGCCGUAGUUUUGACUAGCCUGGCUUAUGGCUGACUGUUAGAGCAGAUAUCAACUGGAGAUCGUCAUAUAAUUUGCUAAUUGCUUGGAACGCCUGGCUGUCUCUGCCGCUGCCUCUGCUGUUAGGAGUGACCGCGCUGGACGCUGGUUACAUGGAGGGUGUGUUCGAGACGCUGGUGCAAAGCCGGUGUACAGUCUCUGUUACACGCGCAUUUAGCCUAUUCUUUAGCCACAGCUGUGUCGUGAAGGAUCAGAAGUGGCUCUGUAUUUAUUGUUUGACGAGUGUGACUAGCUUGCAUGUUAUAAGCCACACCAGUAAGCUAUGUUGGGUCUAUGAAUUCCCGCGCGUGAGCUACAUUGCCGUAUCCAACUUAGAAUAGACAGAGCUCUUCCGUCGCACGGGCUUAUCCCAGCAGUGUUUGUAAUAUCUGCCCUGUCAUUGUGGACACGCUUUGCCCAGCUUCGGCAGUGUCAGCACACGCACUGAGCCGGCCGUACCCCGGCCGGCAGUCCCGUCUGCUCCUGCAAGGAGCAUUCUGAUAGCCCGUGCUGCUGCUGCUCCGCUCUGCCUGCGUUUGUGUGUAUCUGUAGCACAAAUUCCCUUUAUGUAUGUGCUCUGCUUGAAUAAAUAAUAUAGGAAAAGCUGAA